UAUCAGAGUGGACAUGGCCAGCCAACGAACCAAAGACUUGUUGAACAGUGUAUGUAGUGGAGUCCUUUAUUUCUGCUCGUUAUUUGUAUCGAGAGAAAGUUGUGGGGCAAACGUACGUCAAAAAGUAGUAGUAAUAUUUAGCUCCCUCAAACACAUUGGUCAAUUUGCCAUGUAAUACAUACUAACAGUACUUCACCCUAUGAAUAGAUUGGACUUGUAAAAGUUCACUCCCUUCGGAAUAUAAAUGGUGACACGACAUAAGGAACAAUGAGGAAUAAUAUAAUAAUCUCAAAAUUCUUUCCCAUCAACUUCAUUUACAUGUCCGCGUGGAACGAUUAACUGUUUUCAAGAUGUAGGUCUAAUUCACAGAAUUAUUGCGCUAUCCAAAAUUUUAACAACCAUGUCGAGUAAGACUUCAGAAAAUUUGUAGCGUGAUUAGUACAGUGAUUUAUUGUAAGACCACUUAUACUGUGAAAUAAUUUGGCAUGAUUGUUGAAUUAAUGACUUAUUUAUAAACAUAAUUCAUAUUGUGUUUGUGCUUAUUUUUGAUAUUGAGAGUGUGAGAAUAGAGAUCUGCGUGUGUUUGGGCAGUGUCAUGCCUUGUCUGCUGGAGGUGUGGCUCUCGCACGUGUUCCAUUCAGAGCAAGUCAUCUGUCGACGGGGCAGAAAUAGUUUGUCGUCAUUUUCCUCACCACUUCCACCCAAAACGAGAUUAGAGAUUUCCUUAUCAUGGGGUUACCAUCAAGUAUUUUUGGCAUUGUUGACAACUGCUAAAAAAGUAGAAAUCGCCAAAGUCUUCACCACGAACAUAACUCUACGAGGAGAAAAUUGGAAGAAAUGCAAGCAUUUAAUAAUAAGCCCACUUCCGCUCUUUCCCACGGCCCUUUUUAAGGGAUACUCUCUCCCCUCGUGUGUACAUGUGGAGGCGAGAAAGCAUUGGAGCUGUUAGUGUCGUAGUAGGGGAAGUGGGCGUGUCCAGCACCACCAGCGCCCAUCACCCCACUGACGCCAACACCCAGUGGAAUCGCCACCACCACCACCAUCAUCACCAUCCCAUCCCCCGACGCUUCGACUCCACCGAGUUGGCUGACUCACCGGUACGCCACGAGGCUGUCAAGUUGGUGCGUGAGCUCAACAGAGCUGUGGCUGGUCAUGUAGCGUUGGCAUCUCUUUUGGGUGGGAGUGGGGACGGUCCACACCUCCGAGAUGAACUACGCCGAGCUCGAAGAACUGCUCAGGAAGCCGCCGCCGCCGCCAAGUCCACAUUACUUCCAUUCCUCCUGGAGAGCGGAUUUGAAAAGGAGAGGAUGGAAUUGGUGGUUGGGAUGGAACGCCUUUGGUAUUUGGUCCUAUGUUGUCUCGACGCCUUAGACAUGUCUAUGCAACGUUGCCUAGCUCUCCUACGAGAGUUUUCACUCGCAGAUGGGGGGAACAAUGUAGUAAUCCACACGGGAAUAGAAUGCCCUAAUCACCUGGUCACACGGUCAGCCACCAAUACUCAAGAGAAAGCAGAGAUGAAUGUGGACGUCAAAUGUAGGGAUAGGAUUUCGCUGGAAGGGGUGGAGGCGUCGCAGUUGUGCAAAGAAUUGUUCGAGUUGCGGGCUCAACUGACCGAGCUGAAGACAACGGUGGAGCUGCGAUCCCUCUCAGUUCCCGAUUUUGACGACAUGAAUGAUUCCUCAAAGGCUGGACCCAGGCGAACCGACACUCUCAUAAGCAUCAACGGUACGGAUGGGAUGGGUGCGAGUGGGGGCAUGGGCUCACCAUCAUGCUCCAUCCCAUCCGACGACAAGGAAUCCUUGGAGUCAGAUGCUUCCCAAGGGACGGGAAUAACAAAUGCUCAACGCAGAUGUGUGUGUUGGAUAUUAGGGGUGAUGGUGGCCAUGUUUUUCCUGGCCAUGAUUCUAGGUGUGUUCAUCGCCUUGUUUUCGUGAUUAGAGGCCCCCGUAGGAAAACCCAUUUCAGAGUCUAGUCGCAUCAAGCCAUCAGGAUCGAGCAACAGAGUCUUGUCGUCAGGUAGAAACAAUUCCAACAACGUAUUCUCGUCACCUCCCGCACCCUAUUACCCAGUGUACCCCCCACCCGGGGGCAGCAGCAACCCUGCUUCCGACUACCACCGCCCACACCCUGCCGACCUUAAUUUCAAAGUCUCCUUCGGACCUUGGAUGAAGAAACACCAUCACAAGCAGCAGCAGAACAAGGGCAAGCACAACAUUAACUCCACCACCACCAAUUCAAAGAAACACAAUUCUUCAGUUCUUCUCAGUUUUAGUGAGCAGCUCAGAAAAAUACCCAAGCCGAAUUUUGUCACAACCGAUAUUAAUCAAUCCAAGCAAACCUCAAAUUUUAAGAAUAUCUCGUCGCCAAGUAUUCGGCCUACAGAAGAAAAUGAUGGAACAAUGAGUAAUAAUAACCCACAUUCCAUGAACGUCUUUAAUAAUGCUCAAAAACUGUUUCCUAGAGGAGAGACUGGUCCCAUACACACCAAUCCAGAAAACGACGACAAAGACUCUGACGACGACGAUGCCAGUGCGAGAAAUGAAAGGGAUUCCUACGGGGGUGAAUUGGACCUCAGCAACAGUAGUCGUACUACUUUAUACAAACUAAAUAGUGAUGAUCACGUUCUUACUUCUACUUCUAUUCCUCUUGAUAGUACUGUUGAGUCUAGGUCUCUUUUUGCAAGUAGUGACAAUAGUAAUUUCAAUGGUAUUAUUCCUCAUGAAGAUGGCCGUAUGGGAAAAAAUAAGGACCAUUUCAAGGCAGAUAGGCCUCAAUUUCGGCAUCAUCAUCAUCGUCAUAUUCACAAUAAUAUUGACAAGUUUAUGGUCAAAUCAGACAGGAAAAGACGUCAUCAGGCGCAUAGAACUAUUGUAGGAUUUUCUCUUUAAUAAUAAGGUUACAAUAAUAAUUAAUAAUAAAAAACAUUUCACCUUAAUCAACCAAAACUUGUAAAAAAUGUUGCCAAUUUAAAAUAUCUAUUUGGAUUUUGGAUUGCAACAUUUGUGAUUUAUCUACGGAAGCUACUUAAAUAUUAGAUAAUGCGCUAAAACUACAUUAUUAUUAUAAACGCCACAGUUGUAUUCUGGUCUGAUCUAAGCGUACUAAAUCUUCACUUUAAAAACUCAUCAAAUUCAAUCUACUCAAAUACUAAAUUGACAUAAAUAUCUGAUGAUGGUGGUACAUACUUACAUAUUGCUGAUGCCUGGCAGAAUAAUUGAAUAAUAUUUAAUUGGUUAGUCGUUGUUGAAGUUAACUAAAUACUUAAUAUGUGAUACAUGAAGGGAAAUGAUGAAAACAGAGGGCUGACAAAUGGGUGCAUGAGACAUGGAAGUAAAUAAGAUGUGUGCAUUCAAUUUGUGUAAACUAUGUUAGCUCAACGUGUAUGUUGAAAUAUAUUAUGUUACGUUGUUAUAAUAAAUCAAAAUGAGAUAAC